CUCCGGAGGCUAAUACAGGGGGAUUGUCAGUUCCAGGCCAGUGCUGGCUGCACAGAAAGUUCCAGGCCAGCCUGAGCUGCAGAAAGGCUUUGUCUCAAUAAGCCAGAGACUUCCGGCUUCCUCCCUCUGGCAAGAUGGCGACGUCUGAGGAGGAGCUGCAGCAGCAGAGGCUCCCGGACCUGCUGGAAACCAGCAGACAACUUCUGGAGGAGGUGGAAGCCUCAACCCAACCCACGGGCUCCAAGCUAAUCCAGGAUAAGGUGACUAGGGCCUUGAAACUCCUGGAGACGGCCUCAGACAUGUUGUUACAGCUCGAUCUGUUCAGCCGGAACGAAGAUUGGGAGGAGAUUGCUUCCGCUGAUCUCAAGUACCUCAUGCUCCCGGCCCUGAAGGGCGCGCUCACGCUGAAGCUGGUGGGCACCAGCCAUCGCCUCAGCCGCCUGCGGGAGGCUCGAGACCACUUCAUGAACUUCCUAACCCAGAGCCACAGCUACCAUGUGGCCGAUUUUCAGCUGCCCUGGGCCCGGAGCAGCUCACCACCGGAAGGCAGCCCCGCCACUUCAGCCAUCCUGGAGCCUAACCUCGUUGCCAUGGCAUCCCAGAGGCAGGCUAAAAUCCAGAGGUACAAGCAAAAUAAGGCGGUGGAGCAGAGAGUGUCCGCUCUGAAAUCAGCGGUGGAGAGCGGUCAGGCUGAUGACGAGUGUGUGCGGGAGUAUUACCUCCUUCAGCUUCGCAGGUGGAUUAACAUCAGCUUGGAUGAGAUCGAGAGUAUCGACCAGGAGAUAGAGAUCCUGAGGGAAAGAGACUUUUCGGGCGAGCCAUCAGCUUCUCCCUUGCCUCCUCAGGAGAGGCCUCCAAUGAAGCCCUUCGUCCUCACCCGGAGCGUUGCCCAAGCACAAGUCUUUGGAGCUGGGUACCCAAGUCUGGCGACUAUGACGGUGAACGACUGGUACGAACAGCACCAGAAAUGUGAGGGUUUACCAUCAGGUCAGGAAGUCGAAAAGCAAGCACCACCACCUGAGUCCCACGGAGCGUCUCAGCAGGAAGAAGAGCUGGAGCUGGAGCAAAAGCAAGAAGAGGAAGAUGAGGAUGCCCUUCACAGGAUGCAGCAGUGGGAUGAAUGGAAGGACACCCAUCCUAGGGGCUAUGGCAACCGACAGAACAUGGGCUAACCUCCCCUCCGUGUGAAAGGACAAUGGAUCCCUCAUCUUCCCACACCAGGAUAACCCUGUUCCCUUCCUGAGGCCCCUGCUCCAGACUUGUGCAACAAAGGCAAAGAUACUGAUCUUGCUUCGCAUUCAAUAAAGUACUACUAUCAAGUUUUAUUUGCACCCUAGUUAAUGUCCGGUGCUCUCCUUUGAGCGUUAUUCUCACCAUGGUGUAUUGCAGUUUCUUAAGUGAAUAGGAAGAGUGCUGAGAAAUGGCUGUGCAAUUACCGACUGUAUGAUUUAUCUUUAAAAAAUAAAAUUCCUUUUUUUUGGGGGGGAAAAAUAUAUAUCCAGAAAGAACAUUCACGUAAGUUUCAUUGCAGUGUUUUUUAAUUAUUGUUAAUAUUUGGGUCUGACUUAAACCACUAUAGAUACAUGUAUUUGGGGAGAUAUGUAGUAUAUAUAAGAUUGGAUCAUACCUUCGUAUAGCUGUUUUAGAACAACAAACUGAGAAACCCACAGGAGGGUAUUAUGAAUGGCCUGAUGAAUAUGGGGAGUCUCCAAACACUUGACUGAGUUUGUUUUGGUUCUAAACGGAUGUAAGUUGUAUGAACUUACAGAACAGCCACCUUCAAUAGUUAUGUACUAUCUAGAAUCUUUUCAACAAAAAGUUUAUAUGAAGAUGUGUGCUUCAUUAUUUGCUGAGAUUUGAAUAUGGGUUUUAUUUCUUAAUCUUACAUUAGAAAUAGCUUCCUUAAAGAAGAGUGGAAACUUAACAUUUAUCAAAUAUAAAAAUGUGGAUAUUUGACUCAGCAUUUUCACAUUCAUAUAUGUAGAAAGCUGAUUUGCACAAAGGUAGAACAUAGCAAAGUGGUGAUGAGUUCCUUGUAAAAUCUCAAAGCUAGAAACUAUGUUUUCACUUAAAGAGACCUGGGUGAAAAAUCAUUUUUUGUAGUCAUGCAAUAGAUUGUCAGUAAACUGUGAGAAUAAAAUGAUUUGGAUUUUGUGCAAGGUAACUUAGAAAUAUUUACCAAUAUAUAUUAGCACAUAAGAAAAAUGAGAUGAGAAACUACGUAAGAA